CGCGUCAGUUGCGCUCGAAGCUGCUCGCUGUCGACACCACGUCUCCGUCGCCGCAGAUGCGAGCACCUCGGUGAGUGUAAGGUGGCGCGAGUGGAUGCCGCCUAGCGCGGGAUGACGAGCGAAGAGGCGGCGACUGAGCCGCCCAUCUCCAGCACCGCCACACCAGACCCAUGUCUCGACGAAAGGAAAUACUGGUGCUUCCUCCUUUCGAGCAUCUUCACCUUCCUGGCCGGCCUCCUCAUCGUGCUGGUGUGGCGGCUGUUCGCCUUCCUCUGCUGCCGCAAAGAGGUGCAAUACGGGCCCAAUGACCCGAAGCAGAAGGAGCAGAAGGCCGCCAGGCAGGGCAAGCAGGAGUUCGAAGGGACUUUCAUGACGGAGGCCAAGGACUGGGCGGGAGAGCUGAUUUCGGGACAGACGACCACAGGGAGGAUAUUGGUGGUCCUGGUGUUCAUUCUCAGCAUAGCGUCGCUUAUAAUCUACUUCAUCGAUGCCUCGAAUGAAGGUGUGGAACGCUGCCAGGAAUGGAGCAACAAUAUCACGCAACAAAUUGACCUUGCCUUCAACAUAUUUUUUAUGGUCUAUUUUUUAAUAAGAUUUAUAGCAGCUAGCGAUAAGUUAUGGUUUAUGCUAGAGAUGUACUCGUUUGUAGACUACUUCACGAUACCCCCGUCCUUUGUCUCCAUUUACUUGGACCGAACAUGGAUUGGUCUUCGGUUUUUGAGAGCUUUGCGUCUCAUGACUGUUCCGGAUAUUCUCCAAUACCUCAACAUACUGAAGACUUCCAGUUCCAUACGACUUGCUCAGUUAGUGUCCAUAUUUAUAUCCGUGUGGCUCACGGCGGCCGGAAUUAUACACUUGUUGGAGAACUCUGGAGACCCUCUCGAGUUUAAAAACCCCAACCCUUUGCCCUACUGGACUUGCGUUUACUUUUUAAUUGUGACGAUGUCUACUGUGGGCUACGGCGAUGUCUACUGUCACACCGUGUUGGGCCGGACGUUUUUGGUGUUUUUCCUGCUUGUUGGAUUGGCGAUUUUUGCGAGUUGUAUCCCCGAGAUCAUUGACUUGAUCGGGACUAGACCAAAGUACGGCGGCACCCUGAAGAACGAAAGAGGCAGAAGGCAUAUUGUGGUCUGUGGACAUAUUACCUACGAAUCGGUGUCCCAUUUCUUGAAGGACUUUCUACACGAAGACAGGGAGGAUGUUGACGUCGAAGUUGUGUUCCUACACAGGAAACCACCAGACCUUGAACUGGAAGGUCUCUUCAAGAGACAUUUCACAACUGUAGAGUUCUUCCAAGGUACCAUUAUGAACCCUAUUGACCUCCAAAGGGUAAAGGUACACGAAGCUGAUGCGUGUCUUGUCCUCGCCAAUAAAUACUGCCAAGAUCCCGAUGCUGAAGACGCAGCCAACAUCAUGCGAGUCAUUUCAAUUAAGAAUUACAGUGAUGACAUUAGGGUCAUCAUCCAGUUGAUGCAGUACCACAACAAGGCUUACCUACUGAACAUUCCAUCGUGGGACUGGAAGCAAGGCGACGACGUCAUUUGCCUCGCCGAACUCAAACUAGGUUUCAUAGCUCAAUCCUGUUUAGCUCCCGGUUUUUCAACAAUGAUGGCAAACUUAUUCGCCAUGCGUUCGUUCAAAACGUCCCCCGAUACGCAAGUCUGGCAGAACGAUUACCUGCAAGGCACGGGAUGCGAGAUGUACACUGAGACUCUGUCCCCCUCGUUCACAGGCAUGACAUUCCCCCAGGCCAGCGAGUUGUGCUUCACCAAAUUGAAACUACUGCUUUUGGCCAUUGAGGUCAAAGGGUCAGAAGGUGCGGACACGAAAAUUUCUAUCAACCCAAGAGGAGCGAAAAUCGUCGCGAAUACUCAGGGAUUCUUUAUUGCGCAGUCAGCAGACGAAGUCAAAAGGGCGUGGUUUUACUGCAAGGCAUGUCACGAGGACAUCAAGGACGAGACACUGAUCAAAAAAUGCAAAUGCAAAAACUAUGUCGGAAUGAUCAUGAUGCAGACAGGCAUGGUCAAACAAGGCCUUAACUCCGCCUAUCAAAGAUGCCUCGAUGUGGCAACGUUCAGGAAAGGCGUGAGGGCCAUUCAAAUGGUUGGCCGAGCAAGCGAGGACUUCACCUACUCAAAUGACCAUCAUCCUCCUCCUACUUUCACACCACCAGAGUUGCCCAAGAAAGUUCAUGUCAGAGGUGACAUGAACAGGCAUGACGAUAUGCACUUAACUCAACGCAAUUCCAACCAACACAGGAACAGCACAGUCCCCAACAUGGUAAACUCAAUAAAACAAGUAAACAAAGUAAAACCAAAUGUGACAAGAACUGAAAACAUUGUAUCACCUGGUUACAAUUCAAGACCACCGGAACAGGAAACUACGACUUAUGCCGGCUAUCAUCUUGCCUAUGAAGUCAAAAAACUCAUGCCCACCAGUAGGAGCAGUGGCGGCACCAAUCAGAACAAUAACGGUGUCGCACUCCCAGUUGGCCUGGCCGAUGACCAAGCUAAAGAUUUUGACUUUGAGAAGACUGAAAUGAAGUAUGAUAGCACAGGGAUGUUCCAUUGGGGACCAGCGAAAAAUCUCGAAGAGUGUAUUCUUGACCGGAACCAAGCCGCUAUGACAGUAUUAAACGGUCACGUGGUCGUAUGUCUCUUUGCUGAUCCUGACUCGCCUCUGAUCGGUCUCAGGAAUUUGGUGAUGCCACUCAGAGCGAGCAAUUUUCACUAUCAUGAGCUCAAACACGUCGUCAUUGUGGGCUCAGUUGACUACAUACGAAGGGAGUGGAAAAUGUUGCAAAAUUUGCCCAAAAUUUCAGUUUUGAAUGGUUCGCCUUUGAGUCGAGCUGACUUGAGGGCCGUAAACGUCAAUUUAUGUGAUAUGUGCUGUAUCUUAUCAGCAAAAGUGCCAAGUAACGACGAUCCGACUUUAGCCGACAAAGAAGCUAUUUUAGCAUCUCUGAACAUCAAAGCUAUGACUUUUGACGAUACUAUAGGGGUUUUGAGCCAGACUAAUGGGGAUAACGAGGCUGGUACUCCUGUUGGAAGCCCGAUUAUUCUCCAAAGGCGAGGCUCUGUGUACGGGGCUAAUGUCCCUAUGAUAACCGAGCUAGUAAAUGACAGUAAUGUACAGUUCUUGGAUCAAGACGACGAUGACGAUCCCGAUACCGAACUGUAUCUCACCCAGCCGUUCGCUUGUGGUACCGCCUUUGCUGUUAGUGUAUUGGACUCGUUAAUGUCAACGACGUACUUCAAUCAAAAUGCCUUAACUUUGAUUCGUUCACUGAUAACAGGAGGUGCUACACCUGAACUCGAGCUCAUACUAGCCGAAGGUGCCGGUUUAAGAGGGGGCUAUAGCACGCCUGAUAGUCUCUCGAAUAGGGAUAGAUGUCGCGUCGGUCAAAUCUCACUUUACGAUGGACCGUUGGCACAGUUCGGAGAGGCGGGAAAAUAUGGGGACUUAUUCGUUGCUGCUCUAAAACAGUUCGGGAUGUUGUGUAUAGGACUUUAUAGGUUUAGGGAUACGAGUUCGUCGUGUGAUGCGAGCAGUAAACGAUACGUCAUUACGAAUCCACCCGAUGAUUUUCAGUUGUUGCCCACUGAUCAGGUAUUUGUGCUAAUGCAGUUCGACCCUGGUCUCGAGUACAAGCAAGUCCGGGGCCGUGGGGGCACCGGCCAGGGCAGCGGUACGGGUGGAGGCGGCACGAACAAAGACGACAACUCCUGACUACUGCUUUGUAGCGCCCUUACCGACGGACCGUACUCGUACAUUUAAAGACAAGAGAGGUCCAAAAAUUGUACCCACCAUUCCAGUAGUUCCUAUUUCCAAUGGGUGUUUUCGUUUUGUUUACCAAUGGUUGUGUUUUGUGUAGGCCCAUAAUUAAAGGGUUUAAUUUUAAGUUUCUUGA